AUGAUCAGAAUAAGUGGAAAUACUGUAAUCCCUAUUGUUACAUGGGCUAAUACCCCUCCUCACCAUCAAAUAACCUCCAUUUUGGUGUCAGAGGAUGCAGAAUAUGUUGCUACAGGAUCAGCUGAUGGAAAUAUUAUCAUUUGGGAUCUAGGAAAUUCCUGCAUUUGCACACCCAGAUGGAUGCUCACGGGUCACAAGUCUUUGGUUUCCAAUCUGUGCAAUGCUGGGCGGUCUCCUAUGAGUAAUAACCAGUUUUUCUUCAGUUACUCUAUAAAUGGCGAAAUGGCUGUUUGGAAUUGGUCUGAUGGAAAGUGUUUAGAAUUCAAAAUGGAUACACGCUAUCGGCACACUUAUAUUAAGUCGCAUAAAACAUGUUUUCUUGAUUAUCGUUUAUUGUUCUGUUGUGGUCAAUAUCCACAUAUUGUUGUGCUACAUGCUACAUCAUUAACUGUACUUUUCACUUUGGCGUCAAAUUCACAACCCGAUUGGAUAUCUUCAUUUGUUGUUGUUACAAAUCCGAAUCAGCGAAGUGAAAUAGUUUUAGGUCUUUCAUUCUCCAAUGUGGCUACAUUAUGGACGUUAGAUGGUGAGGAAAUACAGGGUGAAGCAAAAUAUGAACAUGAGUCAAGAUCUAUUAACUGUCCAUCAACUGUACUCCAAGUUGUUUGUUGUCCUCAAACACCACGGUGUAUUCUGUUAGUUUGCUCUACUGGUUGGCAGUUAUUCAAUGCAAUGACAUGCUCUAUAAUCUGUACUAUAUCAAAUCCUGCGAAUGAUACAUUGGUCGGUGGAGGAUUUAUUACAUCCAAUGUGAUUAGUGUAUUUGGCCGAUCGGGAUUUGCUUAUCUAUACUGUUUACCAAAAAGUCUUAUUGUUCAAUCAGGUGAAUCCGUGUGCUCAGAUGUCCCAGUACAUAUAGCCACCUUAUCUCCUCAUCAUGCUAAUAACAUUCAUAAUAAUAAUAACAACAGAAGCAGCAAUGGCGAAGAAACCGUCGAUCGGAAUCCAACUAAUACUGUACAGAAUUUUAGUUGUUUCACUCCAGCAUUUAUUCAUCCUAGUGAUGACUUCCAGUAUAUGAUAGCAGGGACUAUUCAUGGCCAGCUGUUAGCAUGGCGUAUACAACUUGAUGCCUAUCUGUCCAAUAUUGAUCAUCAAAUCGGAUCAAAUGAGGUAUCUUCUAGAAGAAGCAUUUCAACUAUUCCACCGUGGAUGUCUAGUGAUCUUCACAGUGUAUGGAAACGAUAUACACCACCCGAUAUAGCAACGUUUUUGACAAGUUCUAUUACAGGUCCUAAAUACCAUACCAAUCUCAUGAAUAAUCCCACAUUGUCAUCAUCAUCACCAGCAUCAUUAUUACCACCUGAUUCGUCCACUCAGAUGACACCAUCACCGGCAUUGCCUGAUACCAGUGAAGAGAAAAUCUCUGUAACUGUAUGCAUUCAGCUGACACAGAUAAUCUGUCAUCAUCGUCUCCCCGAUCGUAGACCGACAAUUCAUCCAUAUCGAUUAGCUUUCGGUUUAUCGAAUGGACGUAUUAUUAUUGUACGUAUGGUUGAUUUUUUAAAAACACUGUAUUGGGAAAAAAGUCAUACAACAGAUGAAAAUAAUAAGCCUUCAUGCGAAGAAUCACCAUUGCUGUUGUUGAAUCAACAUAAUCGAUUAUUGUCUAAGUUUUGCUUGACAGGUCAUAUCGGUCCAGUGACAAGUUUAUUGCAUCCAGCUAGUUAUGAACGGCAGUUCUAUGCGAAUUCGGGGAAUAUGAAUGAAAAUACUAUGCCUACUACUACUAGUAAUGACGUCGGUAAUUCUUCUACUACUUCUACUUCUACUACUAAUAAUGUUAAUAGUAGUAUUAUGAAUUCUACUACAAAUUAUCAUUUUAAUCCUGAUCAUUUAUUAUCCGGUGGAGUGGAUUGUACCGUUCGUCUAUGGGAUUUAAAUCCAUGGCAUGAAUCUAUGAAUAGUAGAAAGUUUUCAAGCAGUAAUAACAGCUACAAUGCUAAUAAUAGUAAUAAUACUAAUGCUAGUCGUAGUAACAAAUCUUUGUGUUUAGCUGUUUAUCGAUGUCAUGCAUCACCGUGUAUUGGUUUAACAAUUGCUCCGCCUAUAACAUCUGUAAUUAAUAUGGUCGCUGGGAAUCCAAGACUAUCGGCGUGCAUCUGUUCAUUCAGUUUAGAUGGUUCUGUUUGGCUGAUUAAUUUAAAAGAACAACGGCCUAUAUUAUAUGCACGAAAUACAAGUAGUGUAGCUCUAUGUCCAGUUGUAGCUAUUGGUUGGAGAGUUGCUGAGGAUCUUUUAUUUAUUGCUUAUUUAGACGGUAGUGUAACAAUUUGGGAUAUAACAAUGGGAUGUUUAGAACGUACGGAAACAGACCAAUCAGCUAGAGAUCUAUUUGAACAAGCUCAAUUCAUUACAGAAGUCUAUCAUCCAUCAAGGUAUUUAGCAUUUUCAUUUUCAACUCUCCCAUCAGUAACAAUAUCCACGUAUAAAUCUCGUUCGUUAGCUUGUCUACCUAGUCAUAAUUCAAUAUAUACAUCACUUGCUGUACCAUUCUGUGGUGGUGUAAACUCAGCCUAUUCAUCUGGUUGUGUUGCAUUUACUGCGCCAAGCCGCUUAAAAUAUUCUAGUAUAGAUAAUAUACACAAGUUAUGCAUGAAUUGUUUACCACCUAUACAAUUGCAUUUAAUUGGAUCAACUCACAACGGUGAUGAUGAUGGCUGUACAACAUCGGAGAAAAGGUUGCUGAACAGUGGUCCAGCUGCAUUUGUUUUUCAUUGGGAUAUUGAAUCACUUAUAGUUGAAAUUCUAUCUCAGAAUAAUGCCGUUCUAAAGGACAACGAUGAAUCGGUAAAUCAUAACAGUGCACCGUCAUCAUCGGCAUCAUCAUCAUCAUCAGCAGCCUCAUUAUAUCAUGAUGACAUAUUUACAAUUGAUGUAACUCAAGCUAAUUUCAUCCAGCUUAUUCUAUCAUUAAUUCAUCCAUGGGGUAUAGAUUCUUCAGUUGAUAAAAUUGUUGAAAAACUCUGUAAUAAUCAGUUUAUAAAAAUGAUGCCGGAAUUGAAUUCAUCCAGUGUUCAUCAUUAUCAGUCACCGCUGUUACAUAUACAAGAAUCUUUAUGUAUUGGUUUAAUAUCAAAAUGUGGUUGUAUGAGUUUAAGUAUGCCGGGUUGUAUAGCAAGUAAAUCUCAACAUCUCAAGUCGAAAUCAAUUUCUAGCAUACCAAAUGCAUAUUGUCUUUCUUCAAUCAUUUCGACGAAUCUACUCCUCUGUGGUGUUACACUAACCGAGUUAAUGACAUCAUUGAAUUACAAAUAUCUUCAACGCUUAUCACAUACUAUAUGCUUAACAACAACAUCACCAUCAUCGUCAGGAUCUUUGAUAUCGCCAACCUCGACAUCACUACUGCCGUCGUUUUUGUCCUCCUCCUCAUCUUUACCUAACGGUGGGAAUUUACCUAAAACUCUUCAUAAUGAUUGGCGUAAAAAUUGGCUACAGUUUUGUGCAUUCCUAUUAGAUCAUUUUAUUAAUUUAAUAUUAUCUAAUCGCUCUGUAAUCAAUAACACUGAGAGUACAUCUCAUGGUGAAAAUGCUUUACCUUCAAUUGAUUUAAAUUUAUUUAUACGUAAAUGGCAAGAUCGUUGUCUACCGAUACGGUAUGCUGCUCGUACACUGUUGCUUACAUGCUUGGAUCGACUGUCAUCAGAGGAUCGUAAACUGUUAGUUGCAUAUUGGUCAGCUUUACUUCCACCGUUUUCGCUUACUACUACUAAAGACUAUCCACAACAGCAGCAGCAGCAGCAACAACAACAACAACCUCUGCCUUCACGCCAGAUGAUUCAUCAACAAGUUUCACUGGAUCGUACAAAUAUUAAUAGCAAUAAUACUGUUGGCUAUAUUACAGACAUACUGGCCAAUCAUACAGAAUUAAAGUCUACAACAACAACACGUAAACAAAGUUUACCACAGGUGAUGAACGGACUAAUCAAUACAGAACCAAAUCAUUUUCCCGCCGCGCCAAAUGGUGAUAUGAAAAAACAAAUUAAUAGUAGUAAUAAUAAUGGUAUUGUUGAUGAAUUGAAUCAGUUACCAGUGGAUAAUUCUACUCUGCUGUCAAUUGGUAGACAAUCUAGUGUUAAUAAAUCAGCAGCAUCAUCAGCGCCAAUUCAAUUAGAUACUUUACCGGCAAUGACUGAAUCAGUCAGUAUGACUAGCCUGAAUUCUAAUCUUAAUCUGUCUCUUGUAUUGGAUAGUUCCUGGUGGAUGACAUUGAAUGGCUAUCGGGUAUCACCUAGAGAAAAUGCACGUCUACAGAGAGAUAUACAAAGAUGUCAGGCGAUGGCAAUUGUUUUAAUGGGAGUGAUUGGUAUGCGUUUCGGGUCAAGUGGUAAUAGUACUCGUAACACGGAUAAUAGCAGUAACAACAAUGAUGAUAACAAUAAUAGACAAUAUCAUCCUGCAGUUGUUGCACGUGAUUUAAUCACUUCCCCAUUAAUUCCAAAUCAUCAAGAUAAAACGACUGAAAUGAUGGCGGAUAAUUUAAAUUAUGGACUAACGCUUCCACGUUUUACGUCGUCGUCGUCGCUGUCGGCGUCAUCAUCAUUGAAUGCAUCUUGUUUAUCCUUAGAAAACUUUACAGAGUCGUCUACCACUACUGCUACUACGCAUCAACAAUCGUAUGAAAUACAAGAUGGUUUUGGAUUAGAUAAUUAUUAUUUAGCUAGAUCUACAUGUCAGUGUUUAACAGCUUUACUGUUCAAUGGUGGUUAUCCAACACUACUGCCUACAGAUGGUAGUUAUCCUGAAGUGAAUUGGCGAAAGUUGAAUGAACAGAUUGUUGGCAGUCAUGUUGAACCAUUGCCUGUGUAUGCUGCAAACGCCUUGAUUACAUUGUUAACAUCAAAUGUGAAUAGUACACUAAGACGGGCUGCAAUUGAUUUAUUAGGUCGAGGAUUUCCUGUUUGGGAACCGUAUGUUGAUGUUGGUCAAGUGAUUAAUGCUCUGCUACUGCUAGCUGCUGAUGCAGAAUUAUUAAUGUCAAGUGAUGCAUCACGUCUACUUCUCUCUGAUCGAGUCGAUCUAGCGCGUACAGCACGUGAAGCUUUAUGGGCGAUUGCAUUCGCUCGACCAAAAGUAAUUACUUUGGCUUUAUCCCUUGAAGUACGACGUUAUGGUGCACAGAUUUAUGCAGCCGCGUCGGCAUCAUCAUCAACAUCAUCGUCUAGCAUCAAUCGAGUGUCAGUUCCAUCUCAAUCAAAUUUAACCAAUCAAAUGUGGAAUAGAUCAAAUUCACUUUCACGGGAUCUUGAUCACUUGGCGAAUAAUAAUACUACACGUCGUGAUUCAGUGACUGCUGGAAAUGAAUUACACUCAUCAUCACUGUCAUCAUCAAAUAUGGUAGUGAUGAUGUCUGGUCCAACAGUUGCUACGCCUGUGUUUUCUCCUAAUAAUGCUGUUAAUCGUACAACUACUGGACAUGGAGGUGGAGAUAUGUCAGCUAUGCAUAAUUCAAAUUGUCCACCAAUGUUUAAAGCUCGUGAAGAAGUGUUACGUUUAUUUGAACAAUUGUGUAUUCGUCGACCAUCUGAUAUUAAAGAUGUUCUACCUGAAGUUGUUGAAGUUAUUCUAGCCUGCUCUGAUCGUACACGUCUGAAAGAACGUGGAUUAGACUAUGUAUUCCCAGCGUUGACACCAUUCCAUUCAUAUUCUAGUCAUACACGUUUACAGAAAGUGUGUACAGGUGGUGUGAAUGGUUCGUUAACAUUUUAUGACUUCAAAAUUGGACGUUAUUUUGUGACUAUGGCUCACAAAGGUCCUGUAACUGCUGUCUGCUUUCAUUCGGAUGGUCGACAAGUGGCCACAUAUUCAUUAACUGAAAGCACAUUGCGUAUAUGGCAGCUUCAUACUACAGGAUUUUUUGGCAUGGGUGGACAACAAGUGAAAGCCUUAUCUCUUCAUCCUGUUCCACCGUUAGUUCCUCCUCCGCCGCCUACCCCGAAGUUAUCCACAGCAUCAUCACACAAAGAAUCUGUUGAUAAUCAACAGCAGCAACAACAGCAUCAAAGCUCAUCUACCUUAGAUCGUUUACAAGUAUGGAUUGAUUGGCCAGAAUCUCGUGUAUUGCAUUUGAUUACAAAUACUGGAAUUAAACGACGUGUUGCAUUAUAA